AUGCGUUCUACUUGCUUUGAAACCCUGGUCGUUGCUGCCACCUUGCCAUCCUGUUUGGCGCACUACAACCAUGAGGCCCUCAUCAUCAAUGGGAUCGUUACGCCACCCUACGAGUACGUUCGUCGGUCUACGAACGGCUGGUCCCCGGUGGCCAAUGUUACCUCGUUGGACAUGGUGUGCAACGAAGGGGGCUUGAACCCUGACACCAUGGCAAAGACAAAGACAGCUAAAGUUGCUCCUGGAGACCUUGUCGGCUUCACUGUCAACAUCGAGAUUGGGCAUCCUGGGCCCCUUGCGGUGUACAUGAGCAAGGCUCCCAAUGGUGUCCAGGCUAAGGACUACAAGGGUGACGGUGACUGGUUCAAAGUAUAUGCGAUGACUGUCACGGCUUUCGACCAGCAAACCAUUCACUGGGCGAACUACAAAUACGCCCAAGCCAUUCGGAAUUACACAUUCGAGCUUCCUCAUGAGCUUCCAGCUGGCCAGUAUCUCAUGCGAGCAGAGCAUAUUGGCCUCCAUGAUGCGGUUGAAUUUGGGAAAGCCCAAUUUUAUAUUAGCUGCGCGCAACUUGAAGUCACAGGUUCUGGGUCCGGGCAGCCGGCGCCUACUGUCAAGAUCCCUGGGGUGUAUGAUGGCAACGAGCCUGGAAUCAAGAUAAACCUGUUCAGCCCGGUCCCAACAACCUAUGAGGCACCAGGUCCAGUAACCUGGCCUCAUGCUUGUGAAGAUAGAAGUGCGAAUAUACUUGGGGAGUCAUGGGAUGGUGACUGUGGCUGGGGAAAAUUGGGCGGUGGUUCUGUAGCCAAGUAA